UUUAUCCUCAUAACCGAUUUCGAAUCUAUAAAUUUACCGGAUCGCCCCAACCUAUAAUAAGUAUGGCGAUGACAGCCGUUGAGAGCCCUGAAGUCUCUGUGAGUGGCAGGAAGUGUCCAGAAGCGCGGAAGAUUCCCAGGGUGUCGUCACUGGUGCAGAAAGUAAAGAAGCUUUCCAGACAGGCGAGAGACUACCGGGUCAUCCGCACCGCCUCAUUGAUUCUGGCAUGGUUUUGUAUGGGUCUGUACGUUACUAUCGUGGGACCUACUAUGAUCGACCUGAAAGACAGGAUCGGUGUCGACUACGAGGAAAUCUCGCGAGUUCUCGUGUCCCACACCGUGGGGUACUUCCUGGCCACCGUGACUUGCGGCAUCUUCCUGGACUUCCAGCCCAAGUUCGCCUACGGGGUGCUGGGAUCUGCCUUCUUUCUCGCGGGGGUGGGGACGGCGGGGACACCCUUCACCACCUCCCUCGGGGGACUGGGCUUCCUUCAGCACCUGGCGGGAUGGGGACACGGAUUCACAGACGCCGCCGGCACGGUGGUUUGUGCGCGAUUGUGGGGAGACAAGGCAUCUGCACCUAUACACGCAAUGCACGCUGGGUAUCCAAUCGCUGCCUUCAUCGUCCCGCUGAUCGUCAUCCCCUUCCGUCUCCGGACCGCCCAGCGGCAGUCAACGGUACUACAGCCCCUCCUCUCACCGUGGAAGAGGCUUGGAGACUGUCUAAGAUACAGUGGCCGUACGUCGGCGUGUCCGUAGCUCAGUUCACCAUAUGUAUCUUAUU